AUGACGAUUUCUUUUAUUUCAGACUUGGUUACUGGUCGAGAUGAUUUUACAAUAAGAGUAAGACUUUGUAGAAUGUGGGAUGCCAUUAAUCCCAAGAAAAAUGGUGAGCUGAUCAGUAAGGAUAUGAUAUUUAUUGAUGAAAAGGGUAAUUUGAUGCAUGGUAUAAUUAGGAAAACUCAGGUUAACAGGUUCAAAGACAUGUUGAGUGAAGGUUCUGUAUUUAUCAUCAAGAACUUCAAAGUUGUUGAAAGCAUUGGAGGAUAUAGACCUGUUCAAAACUCUUUGAAAAUCAUUUUCUUUGCCUCAACUGCAAUCAAGAAUUUGUCUGAAGAUAUUGUAGAAAUUCCAAUAAACGGUUUUGAAUUUAUUAAUCCAGAUGUGAUUGACUCAAGGGUGAACAAUAGCACUGUCUUAUCAGGUCUAUAUUUAUACUAA